UCGAUAUUAAUUGAAAACUAUUGAGUAAUCUCAAGCAGUAUAAAAAUAAUCCCUCGCAAUGGGCUUGCACGUUUUCUGGCCUGCCUCGGCCUGCCUGACCCUCUUUGUAGUUUGCGUCAUAAUCGUGCUUUUGAAAUAUGGCACACGUGUCUGUAAACUACGACACGAACCAUUACCAUCCGAUCAAGAAUGGGAAGGUAAAACGUACUCCAGAAGGUUGUCUGCUUCCGUGUAAACGGAUAACUGUUCCGAAAAAGUUGCGCCUAAAGAGAUCGUAUAUUUUUUAACAAAAAUUACAAAUUGCUAAUAAUAUCCAUAAUCAUCGAUUAGAAUUUCCACUAUAGAUUGAUAUGGAUAUAAAUUACUUUCAAAAUUUCUAUAAUUAUCUUUUGUUUGGAACAUAUUUAUAUAUAUUAUUAUAGGCGCAUUAUUAGAAAUCUAAGAAUAAUGUGACACAUUCCGUCCAUUUACAUACUUGCACUAAUGUUUUUAUAUAUACAUAUACAAUAUGUAGAACAUAUGAACGUACAUGUUUUCGGAAAUCAGUAAUUUUUUCUAAAGAAUUUUUUUAAUAUAGAUAUCGAUUUAAUCAUGUUUAUCUUUCUAACAAGAUAUCAUUGUGAGAGAAAGUUAAUAUUAUAUCCGU